AUGGAUCCAGUUCCAGAUAGAGUUGUAACAGACUUCGACCCUCCCCCUGCCGAGCCAAUAGAUGGUGAAACAUUGUUCCCUAAUACAGGGAGUCGAAAAAAAUGUGUCCCAGAUUGGAAGGCCUUGAAAGAUCAUUUAUCUAAAGAAGGAAGGGUUUCCAAGGAACAUUGCCAUCAAAUUUUGAAUGAUACUCUGAGCAUGCUAAAGAAAGAGCCAAAUUUGCUAAAACUGAAAGACCCAGUAACAGUAGUAGGAGAUAUACACGGGCAGUAUUAUGAUUUUGUUAAAAUGUUGGAUGUCGGAGGGGAUCCAGAGAAUACAAAAUAUUUAUUUUUGGGCGAUUAUGUGGAUAGAGGCUCCUUCUCUGUAGAAGUCGUGCUGCUAGUAUACUCAAUCAAGCUCAACUACCCUAAAACAGUAUUCUUGCUUAGAGGUAAUCACGAGUGACGGCAAAUGACAGGGUUCUUCAAUUUUAGGAUUGAAGUCCUGACUAAAUAUGAUGAAGAGACAUAUAAUUUAUUCAUGGACACCUUUGAUGUGCUGCCGAUUGGAUGAUUAGUCAACAACAAAUUCUUAGCAAUCCACGGAGGUAUAUCUCCAGACCUCAAAACACUUGAAGACCUCAAUAAUAUUAAAAGAACAAAAGAGCCUCCCAGAACAGGACUCUUUUGUGAUAUUUUAUGGUCAGAUCCAGUAGAAGAUGACAGCGGGUACUGUGAAAGCCUGUACAAAACAAACGAGGUCAGGGGCUGAUCAUUCUUCUUUGGCUCCGACGCAGCUUCAAAGUUCCUAAAAUAAAAACAAACUGCUGUCAAUCAUCAGGGCGCACGAAGCACAGCUGGAAGGCUAUAAAAUGCACAAAUGGAACGCAAAGUCGGGGUUCCCUGUUGUGAUAACAAUAUUUUCUGCGCCGAACUACUGAGAUGUGUACAACAACAAGGGCGCCAUUAUUAAGUUCAAAGGGGCAGAGAUCAACAUCCAGCAGUUCAACUACACUCCGCACCCAUACAUCCUGCCUAAUUUCAUGGACGUCUUUAGUUGGUCGAUGCCCUUCGUCAUCGAGAAGGUCACCGAAAUGCUGUACAACGUGCUCAAGUACGAAGGCUCUGAAGAAGCGAUGGACGAAGACGCCGCUGAAGUAAGUGCAGAUGCAGUCAAAGACAAACUCAGCGAGGAGGCCAAGACAUCACAGAAGCAGAGGUUCCAAGCCAUGAGGAACAAGAUCCGCUCCAUCGGUAGGAUGGCCAUCCUCUUCAAGACUCUCAGAGAGGAGCGGGAGAACAUCACCAAGCUCAAGGGGCUCUGUCCUGGCUACAAGAUUCCACCCGGCGUGCUGUCUGGAGGCGCCGGUGCCAUCGAAGAGGCUGUGGCUCAGUUCGAGAAAGCCAAGAAGAUGGACCGAAUGAAUGAGGGGAUGCCCGAAGAGUACAAGGCUGAGUAGCCCAUAUUGCUUAAAAAGGUAAUUUAACACCAUGCAGAAUCCUAAGCGCUGUUCUCGAACUAUGGGGCCGGGCAGUGUUCCGAAAGUGGUUGGUUUUCGUAAGGGCGUAACAAUUACUGUUAAGUUACAUUUUAGUGAUCCCUCGAGUGUGCUUGUAUGGCUGUAUAGUAACAAUAUUGUAUUGCUUGUCAUCAGCCAGAGUGGCAAUGCCAAUGUGUCUGCUCGUUCGGAUGUAAAUGCUGAGUUCGCAUAAUUCUACAGAGCCAGCAGUCACAGGAAUCAUCGAGCAUUCACAAAGGGCUCCGCUCAUUCGAAUAUUCGUGAGAACCCAACCGAGGCCUCUGGACGGGCUCAGAGUGGUCCCUGAUCUCUGCGGCCAGAGCCACCGGUUGGAGGAGCAGUGCCUCAUUGGUGUGUUUGCACCCAUGUCCACUCUGGUCUCGUUAGCCAUAGUAGAUUAGUUAGAUUAUUGCAUUUGCAGCGGGUGAGCAGCAAUCUGUGGUUGAUGAUAUGUGGAGCAUCCUUUC